CUGUUUUUACAGGAGAAGAAGAAGCCUGGGGACGUAGUUUGCUCUGCGACACAAACCGUGUAGCAUGUAGUAGCAGUCACAAGCGACCUUUCUGGAUCUUGCUGCUGGCUACGAGAUUAAAACGAUAAUGUAAGGUUUACUGACGACCCUAUGACGAUGUGACUGCCAGCCGUGUCUCAGUUGGUGGUGUUGUGGAGCAGUGCAUGCCGCAGGAGGUGGAGGAGGGCAGGUGGAGGGUCUGAGCUCUGUUGUCUGUGUACGGGAUGGAGACCUGGACCCCCAAUCCCCGAGCCAAGCCUUUCAUCCCCCGCCAGCAAAGAAGCUUGUACCUCACCUGGAAAUACAAACUAACCAACAAGAGGACGAUUCGUCGGUUCUGUCAGGCUGGCGCUGUGCUGUUUCUGCUGAUAACUGUCAUAGUAAACAUUAAACUCAUCUUGGACACAAGAAGAGUAGCUAAUGAAGAUGCAGCAGCUCAAGAAUAUGAGGACAUAAUACCCAACAUGGAGACACCUCGCAGGCCGGCUAAUGGACACAAAGUCCUGGACAUUGAGGUUUACUCCAGCCGCUCCAAGGUCUACGUGGCAGUGGACGGCACCACUGUGUUGGAGGAUGACAUGCGGGAACAGGGCAGAGGCAUCCAUGUGAUAGUUCUCAACCAGGCAACUGGUCAUGUGAUGGCCAAGAGGAUAUUUGACACCUACUCGCCUCACGAGGAUGAAGCCAUGAUCCUCUUCCUCAACAUGGUGACACGGGGUCGCGUCCUCAUCUUCACCAUAAAGGAUGAGGGCACGUUCCACCUGAAGGAUGUCGCUAAGAACCUGCUGAAGAGUCUGGGCAGCCAGGUGUCCCUCAACCUCAGCUGGAGGGACAUGUGGACUCUGGUGGUGAAGAAAGGAGGUCAGGUGUAUGGAGAGAAGCACUCAAAGUCCCCAGCUCUGUCCACCUGGGGAGACCCGGUGUUGCUGAAGACCGAGGUGCAGCUCACCGCCUCUGAAGAGGCAGAGUGCCACUGGGCAGAAACGGAGCUGAACAGGAGGAGGAAGCUCUUCUGCAGCAAAGUGGAAGGAUACGGCAGCAUCUGCAGCUGCAAAGACCCGGCGCCCAUCGAGUUCAACCCUGACCCUCUGCUCAACAGUAACGUCAUCAAUGUCCCGGUGGCCGUCAUAGCAGGGAACAGACCCAACUACCUCUACAGGAUGCUGAGGUCGCUUCUUUCAGCUCACGGCGCCAACCCGCAGAUGAUCACUGUUUUCAUCGAUGGAUAUUAUGAGGAGCCGAUGGACGUCGUAGAGCUGUUUGGACUGAAGGGAGUUCAGCACACACCCAUCAGCAUCAAGAAUGCCAGAGUGUCCCAGCACUACAAGGCGAGUCUGACUGCAACCUUCAACCUUCACCCAGAGGCCAACUACGCCAUCGUCCUAGAAGAAGACCUGGAUAUCUCCAUCGACUUCUUCAGUUUCCUCAGUCAGACGGUCCACCUGUUGGAUGAGGAUGACAGCCUGUACUGCAUCUCAGCCUGGAAUGACCAGGGCUAUGAGCACACAGCGGAGGACCCGGCCCUGCUGUACAGAGUGGAGAGUAUGCCCGGCCUGGGCUGGGUGCUGAAGAAGAGCCUCUACAAGGAUGAACUGGAGCCAAAGUGGCCGACACCUGAGAAGCUGUGGGACUGGGACAUGUGGAUGCGAAUGCCGGAGCAGAGGAAAGGCAGAGAGUGCGUCAUCCCCGACGUGUCCCGCUCUUACCAUUUUGGCAUCAUCGGCCUCAACAUGAACGGAUAUUUCCAUGAGGUAUACUUCAAGAAACACAAGUUCAACACUGUUCCCAAUGUGCCGCUGAAGAACGUUUACAGUUUAAAGAAAGAUGCUUAUGAAGUGGAGAUCCAGACCCUGCUGAAGGAAGCGGAGGUGCUGGACCACACCAAGAACCCGUGUGAGGACUCGUUCCUGCCAGACUCCGAGGGGAAGACCUACGUCAUGUUCAUUAAGAUGGAGACGGAGACGGACACAUCCACCUGGAUAGAGCUCGCCAAGUGCCUCCAUGUUUGGGACCUGGAUGUUCGGGGAUACCACAACGGGAUGUGGCGACUCUUCAGAAAAAGGAAUCAUGUCCUGGUGGUGGCCGUACCAAUCUCCCCAUACUCUGUGAAGAAACCAGCCAGUGUCACUCCCAUUCACUUAGAGCCUCCGCCCAAAGAAGAGGGAGCAGCGGUGGAGCAGAUGUAGACUUGAUGUUACACUCUCCCCCAGCACACUACAACCACCCCAGGCCUUAACAACAACAACAACAACAACAACAACAACAACAACAACAACAACAACAACAACCACCACUAAUAAUACAGCCAGGGACCCACAACCACAAAGCUUUUCUGUCUUUUUCAAGAUGGUUGAACUUGUGUGUACGAGAGGAUACCUGGGAAACGGAGUCCUAUUUUCUUUUUUUUUCCUUUCUUAUUUUUAAAUGAAAGAGGGAUUAACACUACAAACUGCACUACUACAUCCGUCCAGCAGCUCGAGGAGGAAUGGUGAGGCUAAAACCAGUUUUGAUUAAACGUGACUGAACAACCGAAACAGUAUAUGACUGUCAACAGCUGUCUUUUUCUGUUACCGUGACAACUGUGUGCUUAUCUGUGGUCUUUUACAUUUCGAUCAUAUCUGUGACUUUUCAGCAAGAACGGUACAAAUGACUCAAACACACACUCACCAGAACUUAGGCAGUUGUUGUGUUUUUUAAACUACUGAGUGCUUUGUUCAUUUUGUACAUACGUUUUAACUUAUCUCUAUUUAUUUUCCAUCUGUCACUCAAAAAGGAGUUUAGUGGUUUGUUUGCAUUUUUAUUUUUAUUUUUUUGAAAGAUCCACUUUUCUCAAGAUCAGUGCAUUUUUAAAAGCCUAACGUUUACAGAUAAUGAAAUAAUAAUGUAUAUACAUGCCUAUAUAUUUUUUGAUGAAAAAUGUAAAGGGUCAGCAUAUUUUUCAGCGUUAGAUAUUGAGUUUGAGUGAAAGAGUUGAUAACAGCCCUGUGGGUUUUUACUAUUGACUGCAAGGGUCGGCCUCGGAUCAGGUUUCCUGAGGGAAACUUAAUGGUGGCUGAGAGAGAGAAAAAUAAAAACAUAUUCACAGAUUUAGCAACAUACUGUCCAAUUAUUCUGAUUGUACCACAAUGAAAUACAAACAAAAAACAAGGUAGUUUUUUUUCUUCUAAUUAUAUAUCUUUGGUCAGAUUGAUCCUGAAUUUCAAUUGAAUUAAAACAUUUUGGAAUAGAUGAAAUUCUUACACAGCUACUUUCGUUUAAACAGCGUACACAAAACAGAAAUGUGUUUUAUCAAAGUUAGCUUCCAGGAAAAGUAUAGUGUUGAAAGUCUGGUAUCAGCAAUAGCAUUGAACACUCAAAGGAAACCAAUGUGCAUUACACUUUUCUGAUGCGAGCUCACCGCAGUAUUUUAUUUGCAGCGUAUGUUUUAAAUCGGUGAACAAUUAGCUCCUUCUCUCGGUUUUGGCCUCUUUCAGCCACCAUAGCAGCUGGAGGCUUCAACGCUUAAACAGAACGUUGCGACUUUAUCCCGUUCACACACUCUUCAUGUCGGUACAAUACAGAAAGCUAAUGUUUGAUUGGCAGGCUGCAGGUAACCGACUGCUUGCACAGUUUAAAUAUUAAAGAUAUUUUAAGGGUUUCUGUGUAUUGUAUGACUCAACUGCUGUCAGCGGCGUGAACUCGUCUUUGUUACAGCUGACAAAGUGAGGAAGGUAUUUGUUCUGUUAUUUGCCUUAUUUUUCAGAUUUUCUGUGGUGGAUAAGUUUGGAGGUUUGAUCUAAAAUAUAAUCGGCCAUUUGUCAACAACCAAAUAGAGACUCCAAGAUGUGACCAUGAAACGGUUCAAACCUUUGAACGGAGGCUCAGAGGGAUCGUCGUUGCUGCUUAUGUAUUUCAUUAUAUCAAGAUCACGACUUGAAUAUCUUUCAAAGUAACUCGACGUUUUUUCCUCCCUAAUCCGCAUCAGUAUUUGCAGAGUGGUUUGAUUUUUAAUGUUUGGAUUUGUGUGUCCAGAAAAUCACAUAUUUACUAUCUGCAGUCAGUCUGUCUGACAAACACUUAUUCAGAAGUAUUGCAGCCCGUGUCUUCACUGAAUCAAUGUCACUUUGUGUCGGGGACAUUUCAGUUUGGUUUCUAAGACACUGCAGAAGUAGAAUCGGCGUUUUAUUUUCCCUCUAGUUGUUUUAGUAGUACGUGUGCUUCUCUGUUGAAUCAAAAGGGUCCCACGAAACCAUCGUCUCCUCAGCAAUACGCUUGAUUUGGUGAAAUGCUGUAAGAUGAUUUGGAAGGUACGUUUGACACAUGUAUAAUAUCUUUUAUCAUGGAAAUGAAUAAAGAGGUUUUUUUUUACUGAG